AUGCCAGUUGCUCACUCCUUGCCAUGCAGUAAAACCUAUGGCACCCCUCUGCGUCUGUUUGAAAAGUCCCAGUUGGAGCAGGAGCAGAAGCUGAUUGGUGAGUAUGGUCUGAGCAACAAGCAUGAAAUCUGGAGAGUGGAGUUCACUCUGGCCAAGAUCUGCAAAGCUGCACGCGAGCUGCUGACGCUGGACGAGAAGGACGCCAAGUGACUCUUCAAAGGGAAUGUGCUGCUGCAUCUGGCCUGCAUUGGAGUGGUGGAUGAGAUGAAGAUAAAGUUCCAUUCCAUUCUGGGCCUGAAAAUGGAGAAUUUCCUGGAGAGAAGAUUGCAGACCCUGUUCAAACUGGGCCUGGCCAAGUCGAUCCACCACACUCGAUUACUGAUCCGGCAGAGACACAUCCGAGUGCGGAAGCAGGUGGUGAACAUCCCAUCCUACAUAGUGCACCUGGACUCAGACUUCCCGCUGCAUUCCCCAUAUGGGCGUGGCCAUCCCAGCAGGGUGAAAAGGGAGAAUGCCAAGAAGACCCAAGGAGGUGGAGGAGCUGCUGCUGAUGAUGAGGAGGACUGA